GAAACGCCCGGACAGGAAGAGCCACUCCGACUGACACGUGGACUUGACGCGGCGCUCCCCGGGAUUCUGGCUCGCUUUGCUGACCUGACCCGCGAGAUUGUGGGGGAGUGUCAGAAAGCGGACAAGACGGUUCGCCGGCCGAGCUGGUCCUGGGCUGGCACCUCCCCGCACUGGCCGGCCCGCCCCCAACCUCUCCCCUUCCCUCCAACCUCCCUGGAGAGACACUGGUGCUCCACAGACUAUCUGGGACGCUCGCAGGACUGGCUCUGCCAGCCCAUAGCUUUGCAGUCAUGGGAAAACGGCCCAAAGUCACCCCCGCAAAUCCUUAGAGGAGCUUCUCCCUCUUGCUUCCAUCCAUCUUAGGGGCACUAUGGCUUCAGGGCAUUGCAAACUGGGGGUCGCACCGGUUCAUCACCACUGUCACCAUCAGCACCAGCAUCAGUUGUCGCUCCAGCCGCCGCUAGGGUCCAAAGCACCUUGUCCUGAAAAAAUGAAGAGAGAUGUCAGCGCAGAGACUUACUGGUCCAGGCCUGAAUGCCAGGUUUGGACUGUGAUGUUAUUGCUGGGUACAUGUCUUCUAUAUUGUGCCCGGGUCACCAUGCCCAUCUGUGCUGUCUCUAUGAAUGAAGAUUUUGGCUGGAACAAGAAGCAGUCUGGGAUCCUACUGAGCAGCUUUUUCUGGGGUUACUGCCUAACUCAGAUCAUGGGAGGCCACCUUGGGGAUCGGAUUGGAGGACACAAGGUCAUCCUGAUCUCAGCCUCAGCCUGGGGUUUCAUCACGGCUGUUACCCCAUUCCUCUCGCUCAUCAGCAGCUCCCACUUGUUCUUUAUGACUCUCUCCCGAAUACUCAUGGGAUUGUUUCAAGGGGUUUAUUUCCCUGCCUUGACAAGCCUGCUGUCUCAGAAAGUUCGGGAGAAUGAGCGAGCAUUCACCUAUAGCACUGUGGGCGCAGGUUCCCAGUUUGGAACCCUGGUGAUUGGAGGAGCUGGCUCUCUCCUCUUAGACUGGUAUGGCUGGCAGAGUGUCUUCUAUUUCUCUGGUUUGCUCACUUUGAUUUGGGUCUAUUUUAUGUACAGAUACCUGCUGAGGGAAAAAGAACUUGUAAUAUCCUUGGGAAUUUUGGCAAAAAGCUUUUCUAUUUCCAAGCAGAAAAAAGUUCCCUGGAGACAGUUAUUUAAGAGACCUCCUGUGUGGGCAGUUAUAUUUGCUCAGCUCUCUUCUGCAAGUUCAUUUUUUAUCCUCCUUUCCUGGCUGCCAACCUUCUUUAAGGAAACUUUUCCCAACUCUAAGGGCUGGGUGUUCAAUGUUGUCCCCUGGCUGAUUGCAAUCCCUACCAGCAUAUUUAGUGGGUUUCUUUCGGAUCACCUCAUCAGUCAGGGUUAUAGAACCAUCACUGUGCGCAAACUGAUGCAGGUGAUGGGGUUAGGUCUGUCCAGUGUGUUUGCCUUGUUUCUGGGUCACACGAGGAGCUUUUGUAAAUCUAUCGUAUUUGCAUCAGCUUCAAUUGGACUCCAGACAUUUAACCACAGUGGAAUUUCAGUUAACAUUCAGGACCUGGCCCCAUCCUGUGCUGGCUUUUUAUUUGGUGUAGCAAACACAGCUGGAGCCUUGGCAGGUGUUAUUGGGGUGUGCCUGGGAGGAUAUCUGAUUGAAACUACUGGCUCCUGGACUUCGGUUUUCAAUCUUGUGGCCAUCAUUAGUAAUCUAGGUCUUGGCAUGUUCCUGGUUUUUGGAGAAGCCCAAAGGGUGGAUUUCAGCUCUGCUUAUGAAGACCUUUAACUGCUCAUCCUCAUACUGGAAACUGACCACUGAGACAUCAAAGAGUUGCAUUCUCAUUUGCUUGUUCAUGGGAAAAUAUCCAAUUUUCUCCAGGAAAAGGUUCAUUCCACUGACACUGAAAACCAGAGGCAAAGGAAAAACAUUGUGGGUUUGAGGAAAAUGGGGAAGAGGUGAAGGAAGACCUGCUCCGAUAUUAGUUGUAAUCAUUUGCUAGAACCUCCUACUCUUAGGUCACAGUGUGGGCCUCUUCCCUGAUUAUAGUAAGAGCCUGCUCUAUGCAGAUUGAGGUGAAGUUAUCUUUCAGGAUACCUUUAGGGAGACAUGGCCUUGACUGGUCCAUUGAACUAUAAGGAGCAUUUAAUCUUUGGGUGAAAUCUCAGGCAUGAGAUAGUUUGUGCAUUGGUAUUAGAGACUGGUUUCUCCUGCUGCCCCAUAUGCCUUUUCCUUUUGGAUAAGGAACUUUCUAGAUUACUGUUGUUAGUGCUCCUUCCUCCAGGACAAUACAUUGGCCUGUCAAGGCUGGUGUGAAAUCCUCAGGGCUAAGGAUCUCAGGGGAGCUUUUCCACUGCUUCCAGGGCAUGGGUCAGAUCUAGUCAGAGCAGCUGUAUUCCAUGUGGUCAGUAGAAGAGUGUCAGCUGUGAGUCCCAUUUGAUCCUGUGGAUUCAAAACACACACACACACACACACACACACACACACACACACACAUGUUCUUGCUUUCAUUUGCUUUCAGCGGCUCUGUGUGUUCUUACUUUGCAUUCUGAGAAUGCAGGUGACAUUCCAGACAAGCCAUGCCAGAUGGCAGCUGGCUAUGUGAUUCCUCUGCAAUAUCCAUAGUCCUUUGAGUACUACCCAACCAGACAUCAAUUUUUUGGAGCUGGAUAGGUUCUUUGGUUUGUUUGUUUGUUUUAUUGCAGGGGAAAGCUAACCAGCUCUGGCCCAGAGAAACAAUGUUGUCCAAGGAGUCCAAGAGACCUUAGUGGAAAUUUGAACUACCACAAGGCCUUGGGAAAGAUGUUGCUUAUCUCUGUGCCACAGUUACCCCUUUUGUAAAAUGGGAAUAAUAAUAUCUGUGCUGCCUAUUCCUACCUCAAAAGGCCGUUGUGAGGUUCCCAAGAUCAUAGGGGGAGGUGUGCUUUAAGCUCUUUAGAAUCAAGGUGGUUUCCUAUGGUGUGGUUAUUAUUAAUGGGUCUCUUUGUUAAAUAACUAGUGUGCUGGUUAACCUCAUGACUGGGGAAUCCAUGACUUUUUUCCAGAAGAUGUUCACUGAGCCUCCUUUGAAGAAAAAGGGAACAUAUUGAUGUCAUAGAAGAAUAAACCAGACAGAAUUUUAUUUAAAUG